UGGGCGUCUAAAGAACCCAAUGGUAAAAGAGACGAGAACUGUGUUGAGUCUUAUUCACCAGGGUGGAAUGAUUUUUCAUGUAAUACUGCUCGAAAAUGGAUUUGUGAGAAAUAAUUAAUUUUAAAUUACACAGUAUAAAGAGCUUGCAACAGAUAUGUAUUUAUUUUGUCGUCCUAACUGCUAUAAAAUGGACAAAAUAAAAAAAACUGAACAGAACAAUGCAGGAAACUACAACAGACCUGAAUUUGAUGAUUUUGACAUCUGUGAGUUCUGUAUCCUGCUUACAUAAUGUCCAAUUGCAUCAGUUAUUUUCGAUCUGCUCGACUAUACAGUAUGUAUAUUAUAUUGGAUUUCUGUCAAUAGAUCUUUCAAAAAUGUACACACUGCACCUUUAAGCACAGAACGCCUUUAAAUUAAGGUGCUGGUUCUGAAACUGAUGGUUCGUUUAUGUUUGAUUAACUAACCGCCUCUUGCUUAACCUAUUACUUUUUCUGUUUUAUUGUUGUUUGUAUGCAUGUGUUUUGUUUAGUUAGAUGUAAUGUGUUUUCUAGUAGUUUAGUUUAAUAAACCCUUGUUUGUAUUCACUCAUGAUUGUGUUUGCUGUUUACAAAUUUAUGUCACGUUAACUGUCCAAUCUUGUAACACAAUUUGUGUAGCACUGCGCAGAAUCCGUUGCGUAAUCUGUGUAAUUUGCAUACAUGCAACACUUUAUACGCAGCUCUGAACUUCUCUUCUACUUACAGGGUAUCACAUGAUCACACACUCUUAGAAAAAUGAUACAAAUGUUUUAACGUUUAAACCUUCUAAAAAAAGUCCUAAUAUGUACCAUUUUGGUACAUGAUUACCAAUUUGCACUUUUUUAUGUAGAAAAGUGUAAUUUUAAAAAAGGUACUACCCCAGUGACAACUUUUGUACCUUCUUGUACCUUUUUUUUCUGAGAGUGUACAUCACAUAUUGACCACAUACAGUAUGGUUGUUGUGCUGUACCUGCUAUUAAAACCGUUAAACCAAUGAAAUAUACAGUAUAGCAAUGCAGCAAACUAAAACAGGUCCUUAAUGUUUGUCAUGUACAGUUUGAUUUGGUGUGACUUUAAAGGCGCCAAGAGAUAAAAAAGCUUUACACCCCACCUUAAACCUCAAAUUGUUGUUUCAGUUGCAAAUGCAUGUUUGCUAAUGGCACAGAGAUGCACUUUACACAUUAUAGCUAAAAUCUAAACUACUUUUUUAUCUUAAUGGUCACAUGAUUUUGGACUUGACACAUUCUUAACACAUUGAUCUCAGAUCAGUUCCGUUCGCACAGUGUGGCAAGCAACAAUCCUAAAGGACAAUUUAAAAUUGCACAGUGUACAUCUGGCUUUAUGCUAACUGUACAGAGAUACAUGUCACACACAGAGUAAACAGAUCUUGUCUUCACACAUUGGUCUCAGAUCAGUUCCGUUUCCUUGCGUCAUUCUCAUCAGUGUAAAAACAGAAGACAGAGAAAUACACAGGAAGAACUUUUAUCUUUAGCACAUUUGCAUUGUAUUAGAGUGUAGAAGAGCUGCAAUGUCUGAUGAUAUUUAUCACAAUGUGCUCAAUACUGAGAUUCAGGGAACAGACAGAGAGGAGAUGAUGGUGGUCAUCUAUGAGAGUGGAGAUGACUUACGGACACAGACAGACUCCAAUACAAACAGACAACAACCAAUUCAGUCUACAGGAAGUGAGUGUGCGAGGAUGAAAAGUUACAGAUCAGUUACAGUGUGUUUGGUGCUGCUGUGUGUUCUUCUACUGACUGCAGUCAUAGUGCUGUGUGUCCUCAUCAAAAACUUUACUAAAGAGAGAGACCAGCUACUAACCAAAUACACCAACAUCACAGAAGAGAGAGAUGAAUUAAUAGCCAAGUACAAUAAUAUCACUAAACUAAGUGAGCAAUGGAUUCAGAAGAUAAAUACACUGCGGACAGGUCUUUAUGAUGGAUGGAUUUACUAUCAGUCCAGUUUGUACUUCAUUUCAUCUGAGGAGAAGAUCUGGAGUGAGAGCAGAAGUUACUGUAGAGAGAGAGGAGCAGAUCUGAUCAUCAUUAACAACAAAGAGGAACAAGUGAGUGAAACAAGUUUUGUAGAUGCAGAGGUCAGUUAAACAAAUACUGCAGUCUUUUAUAAUACAAAUGUGUUAUUUUAUAUUCUCAGGAUUUUAUUAAGGACAACUAUGGUAAUGACAAACUCUGGAUUGGUUUGUCUGACAGUGAUGAGGAAGGCAGAUGGAAAUGGGUUGAUAACAGCACACUGAACUCUAGAUUCUGGGCGUCUGAAGAACCCAACAGUAAUGGAGGUGAUGAAGACUGUGUUCUGUUUGAGUCAACAGGGUGGGCUGAUUAUCCAUGUAUUCGUACUUAUAAAUGGAUUUGUGAGAGAAAGAUUUUAAAAUGAGUUGUUAAAUAAGAAGUUCAUUCAGUAAACUUUAAAUAAUUUUUGACUUUCUAAGAAGUCUUAAAAUCAAAUGUAUAUUGUAUAAGUUCCAGUGUUAAUGUGAAUUUACUCCGUUUUCAUCCCACAGUUCAAAAACAUGCAAGUUGGGUUAACUGGAUAUGUCAGAUUGCCCGACGUGUGUGUAGAUAAACUUAUGUGGAUUCAUUUGUGUGUGUGUAUGUGUGUGUGUGUGUGUGUGUGUGUGUGUGUGUGUGUGUGU